AAAUGACCUUAAUGUACUCAUGCAAUUCUGCAUCUUCUCCCUUACGCGGUCAACUGGUUAGCCGUAUAGGCUCAGAGAAUUACGAAGUACUCCGUAGUAAUGGUCGGUGCACAUGGCCUAACUACUAAUAUUCUCAAAGUUUGACCAAGGAUUUCCUCCAAUUUCUUCUUCCAAAAGAGAAGACAAAGAGUCUCCAGGCUCUACAGUUUCUCCCCCAAUCAAAAAAGCAAAGCCUUAUAAAUUUGAGUCAAAUCAAAGCAAUGUAUCCAUUCUUCAUCCAUCCUUUGCCCCAUAAUUCGCUUCUGAUUACGAAAAUCUUCAACAAUGGAGUCUACCACGGAGAAGGUCGAAUUCCGAACCAGAGUCCUAAGCGGACACCUCAACCAACAAAGCGACCAAAGCGACCCUUCGAUCCUCAAAUCCUCGCCGUGCCUCAGCUACACCCCGCCGGAGCUGUCCGAGAAACCGGCCGCGUUCGACGUUUCCGAGAUGCGGAAGCUGAUGGACGGCCACAACUUGGAGGAUAGGGAUUGGAUUUACGGGGUGAUGAUCCAGAGCAAGCUUUUCAACCCGAUUGUUCGGGGCGGGAAAGUGUUUGUGGGUGCGGAUUACAACCAGACAAUGGAGGAGCAGAGGGAGUUGACGAUGAGAAGGAUUGAGUUUCUGUCGGGUAUUGGGCUUUUCCGUGGAUGGUUGACUGAUAAUCGGCCUGAAGCUGAGCUGAGGAAGCUGUCCUUCCUUGAAAUCACUUCACUGUUUGAUCACUCUCUUUCUGUGAAACUUGGGGUCCAUUUCUUGCUCUGGGGUGGAGCGAUCCAAUUUUUGGGAACAAAGCGCCACCAUGAUAAGUGGCUCCGAGAUAGUGAAAAUUAUGUGGUCAGUGGUUGCUUUGCAAUGACAGAAUUAGGGCAUGGAAGUAAUGUACGUGGUAUCGAAACUGUUACAACUUACGACCCAAGUACGAGAGAAUUUAUUAUAAACACUCCCUGCGAGUCGGCUCAAAAGUACUGGAUAGGAGGAGCAGCUAAUCAUGCAACACAUACAAUAGUUCUUUCACAGCUUCUAAUUGGCGGUAAAAAUGAAGGGGUCCAUGCAUUUAUUGCUCAGAUAAGAGACACCAAUGGUAACAUUUGUCCCAACAUUCGUAUAGCUGACUGUGGUCACAAGAUUGGUUUGAAUGGAGUGGACAAUGGUCGGAUAUGGUUUGAUAAUCUUCGGGUUCCUAGGGAAAAUUUGCUGAAUUUAGUUGCAGAUGUUACUUCUGAUGGGGAGUAUGUGUCUGCAAUCAAGGACCCUGAUCAAAAACAAAUGGCACAAUUAUCAUAUGAUCAGCGCUUUGGAGCACUGAUGGCUCCUUUGACCACUGGGCGUGUAACCAUACCAACAGUUGUAACUUAUGCUGCAAAGGUGGGAAUAGCAACUGCGAUAAGAUACUCUUUAACAAGGAGAGCAUUCUCCGUCACACCAUAUGGUCCUGAAGUAUUAUUGCUUGAUUACCCAAGUCAUCAAAGACGGCUAUUGCCUCUUCUUGCCAAAACAUAUGCCAUGAGUUUAGCUGCUACCUCCUUGAAAAUGAUGUAUGUAAAGAGGACACCGGAAGUAAACAAAACACUACAUGUUGUUUCAAGUGCUCUUAAGGCUACCUCAAGCUGGCAUAAUAUGCGAACACUUCAGGAAUGUCGGGAAGCAUGUGGAGGGCAAGGCAUAAGAACUGAGAAUCGUAUCGGCCAAUCAAAAAGUGAUUAUGAUGUAAACUCUACAUUUGAGGGAGACAACAACGUUCUUAUGCAACAAGUUAGUAAGGCACUUCUGUCAGUAUUUGUUUCUUGCCAAAGGAAAGGCAUCCCAUUUGCAGAAUUGGGAUUGGAACACAUGAAUGAAUCUUCUCCUGUCAUACCAUUGAAGCUUUCAAGUGAUACCUUAAGGAGCAUACAGUUCCAAAAUGACAUUUUUUGCCUGAGAGAGCGGGAACUUUUGAACCGCUUUGCUUCUGAAGUUUCAGAACACCAAGCUCGCGGUGAAAGUAAAGAAAGCGCUCUUUUGUUGAGUCAUCAGAUUGCUGGAGACUUAGGCAAAGCCUUUGCUGACCUUUCAAUUUACCGUGCAUUUUUAGAAGCAGAAGCUUCUGUACAUUCUGGUCCGCUUAAGAACGUACUGGGGCUCGUGAGAUCAAUGUUUGUUAUGGUUAGUUUGGAUGAAGAUAUUACAUUCCUACGAUAUAGAUGCAUAACAGCUGAUAAUGCCACUGCGGUUAGGGAAGAGGUGGCAACACUCUGCAGGGAGCUAAGGCCACAUGCCCUUGCUUUGGUCACUUCAUUUGGCAUACCUGAUGCUUUCUUGGGCCCUGUAGCUUUUGAUUGGGUUGAUGCUAAUGCGUGGUCUUAGAGGCUUUAAGGGCACCUUCCUUUCUCCACUCCACAUGAUAUUUUGCAGCAACAAACAUUGGUUCAUGUAGUGGUUUCUUUUAGAAUUGUCUUUUUAUCACUUUUCAAAGGAAAAUAAGAAACAUGGUAGUGAAAUUUUGGUUGUGAUGCUUUAUAUAUUGAGAAUUUUGGUGCAGAUUGCAUUAGAACAUUUCACUGUGUUCCAAUGUUUCAAAAAAGGCAUCAAUGGUUUUAUUCUAGGGAUAUAUUGA